CUGGCUUUGGUGCCGGAGCUGUGCCAAGCAAUCUGGCUGCAAAGCCGAGGCUCGCUGGAGCGAUGAUUGACGUCAGAGGUAGCCAUUUGCCCUCGCUCCUCUCUUGCUCCGUUUGUAAAUAGAGCAGAGAGAUCCCAGCACUGUAAACUCGGCUGCUGCAAUUGCUUCCAAUUACAAAGUAGCGUUCUGUUGCUUUCAAUGGAUGGAGGGCCUUACCUCAACAAACGGCGUACGUACAUCACGUUCCAAAGACCUUCGGGAGAUCUGCACUUUAGAGCAUCAGCUUUAUUUUAGGCAGUGAAGAAUUUUGCAUGUCUUAUAACUGAUUAGUUGCAACCUGUACCGUAUUUAGCUGAACUGCUUUGCAGCAACUAAAGAAAACGGUUCUAUUCAAUAGCUGUAAUUAGGAAAUAACACGACACACAACCAAACGGGACUGUGCAAUGAUGACGGUGGGGCUUUUAUUAUAUUAGUGAAAAUAUCUUGGCAGUUGCAGUACACGGUUGGAUUACUAUUACUUUUUUUGUUUUGUUUUUUGCCUUGAAAUGGGAGCAUUAACAAGCAGGCAGAAUGCUGGAGUCGAGGAGCUCGACAUUCCUUCUAAUUCGGUCUACAGAUAUCCUCCAAAAUCCGGAAGCUACUUUGCCAGCCACUUCAUCAUGGGCGGGGAGAAGUUUGACUCCACCAAUCCGGAGGGCUACCUCUUUGGGGAAAACACAGACCUCAACUUCCUGGGACACAGGCCCGUAGCAUUCCCGUAUGCUGCCCCCCCUCCUCAAGAGCCAGUGAAGACGCUCCGCAGCCUGAUCAACAUUCGUAAAGAUACGCUGCGCCUCGUCAGGUGCAGUGAGGAUGUGAAGGCUCCCCGGGAGGAGGUGGGGAAGGGGCGACUCUGCUACAACGUGGAGUUCACCUUCGACGCUGAUGCACAGGUUGCCAUUACCAUCUACUACCAGGCCAUCGAAGAGCUCCAGAAUGGAGUCCCUACGUACAUCCCUCAGGAUAAUGCCGUGCAGUCAGAGACGGUGCACUUCAAACGAGGCGUGUGUCAGCAGUUCUGUCUGCCCUCUCACACUGUGAACCUGUCGGAGUGGAGCGAGGAGGAGCUGAUGUUCGACAUGGACAAGGAUGUGUACCCCAUGGUAGUGCAGGCUGUGGUGGAUGAGGGUGAAGAGCACUUGGGUCAUUCCCAUGUGUUGCUGGCCACGUUUGAGAAGCACAUGGACGGGAGCUUCUGUGUGAAGCCAUUGAAACAGAAGCAAGCGGUGGAUGGAGUCAGCUACCUCCUUCAAGAGAUCUAUGGCAUUGAGAACAAGUACAACACUCAAGAAUCCAAGGUGGCGGACGAUGAGAUCAGUGAUAACAGCGCGGAGUGUGUGGUGUGCCUGUCGGACGUGCGGGACACUCUAAUCCUGCCCUGCCGACACCUCUGCCUCUGCAAUACCUGCGCGGACACUCUGCGCUACCAGGCUAACUGCUGUCCCAUCUGUCGACUGCCGUUCCGAGCCCUGCUGCAGAUCCGUGCCAUGCGGAAGAAGACGAGCCCUCUGUCUCCAUCGGGGUUUAACCCCAUCAUCGCCUCCCACACCUCCGACUCCGAGGAGCAGUCGGCCUCCGAGCACAUCCCUCCUGGGUACGAGGCAGUGUCCCUGCUGGAGGCUCUGAACGGCCCCCUGUCCCCCUCCCUCUCUGCCCCUCCUCUGCACAGCCUGGCGGACGGGCACGUCUCAGGGGCGCUGCCCUCCUACACCAGCGAGGGCCACGGCCUGCCAGCCUGUUCCCUCUCCCCCCACGACAGCCAGGACCUCAAGAUGAAGAAGGGCAUCUCCAACAGGUCUAUAUCCCAGAAUUCCUCUGUCCCGCCCGAAGACGACGACGAGAAGUCCUGCAGCGAAUCGGAGAUGCGGGCGUGUCGCAGGAAGAUCCUAGAUGACCAACCAGAGGAUUGUGGAGUCACUCCUGAGAGUGAGAAUCUGACCCUGUCUUCCUCGGGAGCCAUCGAUCAGUCCUAUUGCACCGGCACCCCCCUCUCCUCCACCAUCACCUCCCCGGAAGAUCCCGUGAGCAGCAGCCUGGCUCAGUCCGUGAUGUCCAUGGCCUCCUCUCGGAGCCGGCACUCUCAGCUCAGCACCGACACCAUGUCCUCCAUGUCAGGAUCCUACGUGGCUGGGGGUGCUGAUGGGGAUGGGGAGCCCCCUGACACCCCAGUGGAGAGCCAGGGCCCCUCGCAGGAAGGAGAGGAAACCCCCGUGGAGACUCAGGAAACCAACUUCAUAGCGAUCGAUGCUGAGGAACAGGACUCUGAGGGAAAUGAUGUCACUGAAGAGGAGUGUCCGUCGCCCACUCAAGAGGAGGGUGGGAGGAGGAGGAGGAGGAGGAGGAGUGUGGCGCCCUGUCUUGAGUUUGACAAUAACAAUCAGGGCCUGAGUCACAGCUUGCCAGGGCUGGACAAUGAGCCCUGCCCUGAGGCCUGCAACGCUGAGCCGGGGUCCUGGGAGGAAUACAGGUCUGAAGGAGGGUGCCUGCAGCCCUGCAUCUCCGCGAGCAACAUCGACCUGGAGGAGGAGAGGGAGGGCCGCCCACAGCCCAGACACUGCGGACCCCUGGCUGUCUGACAACAAGAACCCAGACACCCACCCGCUUCGCUGCACUCCCAGGAUCCCAACAUAUCCACACCUUUCUAAAUGCUGCUGACCCAUGCAGGGUGGAACUUUGCGUUGACCAGGGCUGGAAACUCCUGUUCAAGUCUUUGCUGGAAUAUUGGAUAUCUGGGUCUAGAACUUGGAGUGGGUUUAGACAUUGUCUUUGUCUUCUUUCUCCUCAACAUACUCUCCCUUUUUUUUCCUCUGUACCCUUAUAAAAGCAAUCCUGGCUGAUAGUCAAAAGACAUCUACAACUAUGCUUGUGGGGCCGCUUCCUGGAACCACUGUUUUGAAUGCUAGAGGAUUGAAAACCAGGGAUGCUAGGUAGGGAGACUAUAUGCUUCCAGUUUCACUUUAGGCUUUCAAACUGACAUUACAAUGCGUUCUGGCAAGUGCAGUCCUGCUUCCCUUAAAGAACAGAGAGAUACAGGAUGCCAGAAUGCACUGAGAUGGAGGUUAAUAAACCUGAGCUGUCCCAAACUCUCCAGGUGAACAUGGAGCUGCUUGGUUACCUUAUUGCCAGGUUUCCUUUUAAAAUUUCUGAUAAACUAAAAAAUCCAUUUGAAAUCUGAAUUUAAGUGGAUUUCUAAAAAAUUAAAUAUUGAAACACAAUUUGUGGGUCGUUCUGUAGUGUUCGUUAAUACGCAGUGGGCUAGACUCUGAAAGCUUUUUUUCUCUUCAGUAGCAUGGUUUAUUCUGAACUAAAAAACACCAAACCAGUUGUUUUAGAAUUGUAAUUUAUUGUUUUGUUUUUUUACAAAAGAAAAUAGUUUUAAUAAUAAAAAUCAAAAGGCUUUGAGAAUUUUGCCUACAGUUUUCUUUCAGACUUCAAGAAAUCUCCAUUUUGAAUCUGCUAGUUUUGAAAGCAGCUGACAGACUAGCGGUUUGCCCUGAUUAGCUGAUUUUGAGCAUCCCUGGAAAUGUUUUUCAAAUCCUGCACCAGUAAUAGUGUGUUCUGCCCUUGUUUUAUAACCUUGACGAAGAGUAGUAGCUUCUUUCCUUUUUUUUUUUUUAAUGCCCCCUUUUUCUGAUGUUUUCAGUUCUUAUUACAAUUGCACUCAUACUGUACGGUGCUUUCACUUGAGCUCAGGAGCUGCUCUUCCGUUCUAGUUGUCAUAGAUACAGGUAAUAUCAUAAAAAGAUAAGGGAACAGUAAAAAAAAUUUAAAAAAAGGGAAUUGAAGCUAGUGCCUCUAAGUGCUCCUUUAAUGGACUGUCUAUGUUGAAGUAGUGACCAUGUGGUUAGCACCUUUGUAUUCAGGCUUGAGCAGUGUUUAAAAAGUUAACAGAUUCAUCAAUGGAAAGGCACAGGACUGUGCUGCAAGUCUUGAUCUCAAUGCCUCAACACAGCUGUAUAACCUGGCAGUGCUGCUUGUCUGUCAACAGACACCCUGGGGAGACCCAUUCAUCUCUCUGGAUAGCAGUCCACCCCACACACCACUCUCUCAUAACCCUUUAAGCUCUGUGGAGACCAAACAAGACUGUCGGUACUGUGGGAGGUGUUUCCAGUAGAACACAUUGAGUGUUACACUUGUCUUUGCUGAAAUCCUGCAGACUUAAGUUACUUUGUAAAGUGUACAGCGGCCUGAAAUCCCAUUUUCACACGCACAAUAACCUAGUCCUUAUUGAAGUCCUUCCACACUACCCCGGUGCUUUUCCUGUUUCUACGUUUUGUCUGUUAAAUUUCAUUUUUUAAAUCAGUAGUGAGUUGGUUCAGCUGCACUUUACAUAGGAAACGCUAAAGCAAUAAAAGUCUCCUGCGAUAUUCAACAGUGUAUGUGCUUACCUUCUCUAAUGGCACUGCCUCCAACCAAAACGGAGAACACAAAUAUUUAUUACCUGAUUUCUAUAGUCAUGCAUGUGAUCAGAAUUGCUAACCGAUCAGAACCCUGUCACAAAGAUUAUGCAUGAUGAAACCUUAUAGGAAUUCCGUACUCUAUAUUCUCAGUCACUUAAGUAAAGAGACUCCACAAUUGAAAUAUUAUAUCAGAAGGGUGCAUGUGUUUUUUUUUUUUGCAUUCACUUUUUGAAGCUGGAAAAGGGUCUGUUUGAAAGGAGGAGGAGGUAUGGCCAUAUGGUUAGUGCUCAUGGUUGAAGUUAUGGACUCUAGUUAGUCUUAAUUGUGACAGCUACAUUCUUGAACACAGUCAGAAAGCAGUUACAGAAUAGCCUCUCGUUGCACCUACACCUUUUGUCCAGCAGGGGUUCCAUUUAAAGUGAGGCAACUACUUCCUGUAAAAAGCAUAUGUGGGAAUGGGCAAAAGAUUGUGUCCUUCUUUUCUCCCAUAUAGAAGGAAUAAUAACCAGGGAUUUCAAAUCUAUUUUUCUUACUUUCUCUAUUUGAGUAUGCAAUCAUUAUGUUAUUUGCUUGUGUGGUUUUUUUUUUUGGAUAAAUCGAACAAUAUACUUCCUGGUACAUGAUCGUGUUCUGUGCUGCCAGCCCGUGUUCAUGGUGCAAAAUAAUUUUAAGAAUGAGCCAGACAAUAAAUCUUGUCCAGGAGCUAGGAUUGAAGUUCUGAAUCAUAGGCUCAUUUUAGAAUUGUUGCAUAAAUGUGAUGAAAGAUCAAUGUUUUUUUUAAAACAUUGGUUAUUAGUCUUUAAAUCUGAGAUUUCUGGUCGUACUCAAUAAAACUGGGGGAUGUUUUAGGAAUGUUCUGCUAAGGACUGUUUUUAAAGCCCAUUUUGAUGAUCUUUUUCAACUGUUAGAAAGAGUUUAUUAGUUAAUUCUCAUUUUUUGUUUGACCUAAAAUCUCUUAAACAUUUCCUAAAACAGCAUUUAAAGGUUUAUGAAUUGGGCCAUCUGUGUAAGCCAGCAAGAAACUGUGCUGGUUCCAUAUACCAGCUAGGACAGUGUCCAGUAAGAAACCAGCUGGGAUUCAGCAAUACAACCUCCUAGCUCCUGGUCUUGCGCUCUAACCACUAGGCUCCAAAGUAUAAUUCCAGUAAGACCUUCUCCAUUUUGUGGCCAAACAGUUCAUCUCAGAUCUAAAACCUGCUUGAGUUAUAAUAAUAAUGAAAAUAGUUUAUCUGUUUCCUCUGAGCAAUGAAAUGCUGCUGUUUCACCCUGUCUGUCUGAGAGCGUAUUCAUACCUGGUGGCAUUUCUCUUCUGAUUAGCUACCUGCUGUGAUUAUCUGAUUAACCAUUAGGUAAGAUAAAUCUGUGGGCAUUGGUGAUCUGUGUGUGUGGUGUUGAUCUUUUAAUCUUUAUUGUUUGGUAAUAUAAACAUAUGAAACUAUAAAAAUAUGGAUGAUGCACUACUAGUUAGUCUCACAAAAACACAGACAAGGUGCAUGUGUGAGGUCUUUAAUACUGUAGGGAGCACCAUAGUAUAGCUCAGACCCGGUCCUGUCAAUACCUCUGCAACGUCCUUGUGUACAUUUGCACUAAGUUGUAUCUCUUUUAAGGACAACUUUUAUGGAGUUCCGGUAUAUAAAAUCAAUAAAUACAAACUUUUAUAA